AUGUCAACAGAUCCUCAAGAAAUAGAAAUAAAAGAUGUUAAAAUGGAUGAACAACCUAACACAACUAAUCAGGACCAAAUUAUUUCAACCUCAACAACUUCCAUUGAAAAUGAAUCAAAACAGAAUCAACAAAUCAAUAGUAGGAAAAUUAAAACUAAAGAAAGACAAGAUAGGCAAAAAUAUGAGCAAUCUGAAUAUGUUGCAAUAUUAGAUGAAAAUGGUAAACCAAUUCCAAAAUCAGAAAGAAAACCUAAAAAAAAAGUAGCAGUAAUGAUUGGAUAUUGUGGAACUGGUUAUAAUGGAUUACAAAUUCAAAAUGAUCCAAAUGUUAAAACUAUUGAAAAAGAUUUAUAUGAAGCAUUUUAUAAAGCUGGUGCUAUAUCAUUAGAAAAUUCUAUAGAUUUAAAAAAAUCAGGAUUUCAAAGAUGUGCAAGAACUGAUAAAGGUGUUCAUGCUGCUGGUAAUGUUAUAUCUUUAAAGAUGAUUAUUGAAGAUUCUGAUAUCUUAAAAAAGAUUAAUAAUAAUUUACCUGAAACAAUAAGAGUAUGGGGAAUUCAAAGAACAACAAAGGGGUAUGAUUGUAGAAAAAUGUGUUCUUCAAGAUGGUAUGAAUAUUUAUUACCUACUUAUUCAUUAAUAUCACCAAAACCAGGAUCAAGAUUAUUUAAUUUAAUUGAAAUUGAACGUAAAAAAUAUCCUCACUUAUUUAUAAAUGACUUAGAAGAAAAUUCCAAGUUUUGGGAAUCCACUACAAAAGAGUAUUUUAACCAGGGAAUAACUCAACAAGAUCUUGAUUUAGUUGAAAAAUAUUAUUCCACAGAAGAAAUACCAAAUGAUGAACAACAUAUAGAAAAUAAAACAAUAGAAACAAUUAUUAAAAAAAUCAAAUCAGUUGAAAAUCAACAAAGAAGAUCAUAUAGAAUUUCCACACAUAAAUUAAAUAGAUUUAGAGAAGUAAUGUCAAAUUAUAAAGGUACAAAUAAUUUUCAUAAUUUUACAAUUGGUAAAUCAUUUAAAGAUACUUCAUCAAAAAGAUAUAUUAUUGAUACAAUCACCUCCCAGCCAUUUGUAAUAAAUGGAACAGAAUGGAUAUCUAUAAAAUUACAUGGUCAAUCAUUUAUGUUACAUCAAAUUAGAAAAAUGAUAUGUAUGGCAUCAUUAAUUAUAAGAUGUGAUUUACCUUCAUUGUUAAUAAAAGAUUCUUUUAAACAAACAAAAAUAAAUAUCCCAAAAGCUCCAUCUUUAGGACUCUUAUUAGAAAAUCCAGUAUUUGACGCUUAUAAUUUUAAAUUAAAAGAUAAUUUAUAUGAUAUAAUUGAUUUUAACAAGUACCUGGAACAAAUGCUCGAGUUUAAAAUGAAAUAUAUAUAUGAUAAAAUUUAUAAUGAAGAAAUUGAACAAAAUUCAUUUUAUGGAUUUUUUGGAUUUAUUGAUUCUUAUAAAGUUCCAGAAAAUGAUGAAAUUGAUAUAAAAAAUAAUAUGAUUACUAUAUUUGAUUUUUUUCAUAAUUAUAUUAAUGAAUAUAAAGAUAAAUCUGUGGAAUCAAGUAGUAAUGAUGUUAUUGAAGAAAAAAUAGAAGAAAGAAAAUAA